GAGCAAUCGAGCGGGGCCGCCUAGAGGAAAGCCGAGCGGCGACGAGACCGGAAGUGGGGGAGCAGCCGGAAGCCGCCGGCGUCUCAGACAGACAAACUGACAGUCUGUGACAGGAUCCCUAGCUGCGGAAAGGAGGCGGUGGCCAUGGAGUUGGGCGAGCUGCUGUACAACAAGUCCGAGUACAUCGAGACGGCAUCUGGGAACAAAGUUAGUCGCCAGUCAGUGUUGUGUGGAAGCCAGAACAUCGUUCUUAAUGGCAAGACCAUUGUGAUGAAUGACUGUAUUAUCCGAGGAGAUCUGGCAAACGUUAGAGUUGGACGCCACUGUGUUGUGAAGAGUCGUAGUGUCAUAAGGCCACCAUUCAAGAAAUUCAGCAAAGGUGUUGCAUUCUUUCCAUUACAUAUUGGGGACCACGUCUUUAUUGAGGAAGAUUGUGUGGUCAACGCAGCUCAGAUUGGUUCCUACGUUCAUGUUGGCAAGAACUGUGUGAUUGGGCGCCGGUGUGUGUUAAAAGACUGCUGCAAAAUUCUUGACAACACAGUAUUACCUCCAGAAACUGUGGUCCCACCAUUCACUGUCUUUUCAGGAUGCCCAGAUCCGACUCUGGACCAUCACUGGGGCUUAUUAACAUUGCUGCUAUUGACUCUUUGUGUUCAGCUUUCUGGAUUAGUUGCAGUUUGCAACAAUGGACUGAGAGCCUUCUUCUACUUCCUUCACUUUCCUCCCAGUACACACACCUUCGUAAGGGGUACCACCUAUUCCCUAGGACUACACUUUUAUAUGUGAUCUUACCUAUCAUGACACUGCCUCAGCCCUGCUUCAGCUUAUUGGCCAGAGUUGUGCUAUCUCUGAAUUGAUGCCUCAGAGUCAGGUAAAAAAUGUCCAUACAGAAACUUAAGGAGAAAGCCACCUGGUUUUCUAAGAUAGACUUUUAUGGUUAAUGGGAUUUAUUUUAACUGGAUUAAUCCAAGACCUCCAAUAGGUAGAACAGAAUAAUCCAAGACCUCCAAUAGGAGAACCUCCAUACUGCAAGUUGGUCUUACAUUUUUGCAUGGGGUCCUACUGGCAAUAAUUUUGCUGUAAAGAAACUUUGGCAAGGAGGUAGACGGUGCAGAAAAGAGACAAUACAGCAGGCUUAUGACUACUCUCCUUAGAAAAACCUGUUUCCAAGGAUAGCCCGUAACUAGCAUCUAGGAGCAUGGAUUUCAGGAGGGUUCUCACCAUCCCCUAAAAUUUAGGAGUGUCCAAAGUGCAGCCUCUGGGUCGCAUGAAAAUUAUUUGAGGACUGUUUUACUUAUCUGUGGUGUCGAAUAUUGUAAAAAGUAUGCAUAGACCUUUUCUUUUUUUCAUCAGCUUUCAUUAGUGUUUGUGUAUUUAAUGUGUACCCAAGUCAACUUUUAUUUUUCCAAUGUAUGGCAGAAAAAGAAAAAAGGUUGGACACCCAUGCCUGCCUAAAUGAUGAGGGUGGCUUACUGGGCCCUAACUGUUCAUGCAAACAAUGCAGUUUAUGCUAGACACUGGCAUAAACUCCUAAACUCCUUCUGGGAGUCUGGGAUUUUGGUAUGCAUUAGAGGAUGAUAUGACCAAUGCCAAUAAAAACCUUGGGCUCUGAGUCUCUAUCAAGCUUCUGUGGUACACAUUUCACAUGAGCUGUUAUAACUCAUUGCUGGGGGAAUUAAGUGUGUCCUGUGUGACUCCACUGGGAGGAGGACUCUAAGAGGCUUCUGCUUGUUUUUUUCUGGUUUGGCCCUCAUGCCUUUUUCCUUUGCUGAUUUUGCUUCAUAGCCUUUCACUGUAAUAAAAUAUAGCUACGAGUAUGACUAUAUGCUAGGUUUUGAGUCUCUUAGUGGAUCUUCAUAUUGGGAGGUGGCAUUGGGUACCCCCAACAUGGCAGGCACAAAGGAGACUUACGGGGUGUUGGUAGUGUUCUCUUUCUCAGUCUGGGUGCUGUUUACAAUGAGAGAAUUCGGUUUGUGAAAAUUCAUUGAACAGUACAAUUAUGUAUGAUAUGUAUAUUUUUUGUGUAAAUAUAUCAAAUUUCAAUAAAAAGUUAAAAUAGCAUUUA